GGAAUUUGGCGUCAAUAACGUUAGGGAGCACCUAGAUCUUGACUUGCCGCCUUCACUCUACUCUUGGAAAUGUGUUCACCGUUUUCAUACAUCCACAGAAGUGAAACACGCUACCUCCUGAGUCCAGCCAGCAGCCUCCGGAACACGGUUCAAUGAUUGUAGGAGCGAGGAGGACGAGGAUAUUCUGCUGGCCAUUCCAGUCCAAUACGCGUCAUGCUCAGUAAUUCGGAAGAGGGGAGAAGGUUCCACUUCCGCGGGUAGAGGCUAGUGGGGUACAUGCAUGGGUCUACAGAAGGCCCCAGUGUGCCGCUGAUUUCUGGUGGACAGGCUGGAUCGACUUCGGGAUGUUUCGCUCGAGGAUUCCCCAGUCGCGAAGAACGUUAGGAGCGCGGGACCUGCUCCUCUGAGCAUAGGCACAUUUGGG